AUGAAAUUUGAUGAUUUACUUUUUACACAUUUGGGUGAAUUUGGAAAAUAUCAAGCAAUACAAUUUUUAUUAGUAUGCUUACCAACAAUGUUUACUGCAAUGCAUUCAUUAUCAUGGACUUUUGCAGCACCAGAAAUUAAUCAUAGAUGUCGUUUAUCAAAUGAAUUUGAUGAUGGAAAUUAUUUUAUAAAUAAAAAUAUUUCACAAUAUAUUCCAUAUGAUAAUUAUUGUUUAUCUAAAAAUAGUACUGAAAAAUGUUUUUAUAAAAAAUGUUUCUACAAUAAUACAUCAUCAUGUCCUAAUGGUUAUGUAUAUUAUCUACCUAAUAAUUUAUAUACAGCUAUAAAUCGUUGGGAUAUUGUUUGUGAAAGAAGUAUAUGGAAAGCAACAAUUCAAAGUUUUUAUUAUAUUGGACAAAUGUUAGGUUCAAUAAUUUUUGGUAUAUUAGGUGAUAGAAUUGGUAGAAAAAAAGUUUUUAUGAUUGCUAUAAUUAUGCAAAUUGUUGCAGGAUUAUUAAUGCCAAUAGCACCAAAUUGGUUAUUUUAUGCUUUUUUAAGAAUAAUAACUGGUUUUGCACAUCCUGGAAUAUUUGUUAUUGCUGUUAUCAUUGGAAUGGAAUUAGUUGGACCAUCAAAAAGAAAAAUAUCAUCUGUAUUUACGGGUGGUUUUUUUGCAAUAGGUCAAAUUAUUUUAGGUAUUUUAGCAUAUUAUAUAAGAGAUUAUCGUUAUCUUCAUAUAUCAAUUGCUUUACCUACUAUUUUAUUUUUAUCAUAUCAAUUUUUUGUACCUGAAAGUCCUAGAUGGUUAGUAUCUAAAAAACGUUAUAGUGAAGCAGAUAAAAUUCUUAAUAAAGCUGCUAAAAUGAAUAAUUCAUCAAUGCCAGAAAAAUGGUGGGAAGAAAUUGAAUCAUUAAAUGAUAGUGAAGUAAAUAAAACAAAAAAAAAACAUUUAACAUAUAGUGAUUUAUUUAAAACACCAAAAAUUAGACUUCGUUCAAUUGUUGCAUUUUUUAUUUGGCCUGUUGUUUCAAUGGUUUAUUAUGGUGUUUCAAUGAAACCAGAUUUUUUAGGUGGUGACCCAUAUAUUGCAUUUAUUUUUGGUGGUUUUAUGGAACUUCCAGCAAUGGUUCUUGUAUAUUUUACUAUUGAUAAAUUUGGUCGUAAACCUUUAUUAGGUGGUGGAUAUUUUUUUUGUGCCAUAUUCAUGAUAGUGUCGCUAUUUCUUGAUGAUUUAGAAUUGCAUUGGAUAUUUAAUCUUAUUCUUUAUUCAUUAGUUAAAGGCUCAAUAACAAUUGUAUAUGCAUCUAUAUAUACUUUUACACCAGAAUUAUUUCCAACAGUUAUUAGAAAUACAGCAAUGGGUUUAUGUUCAACAUUUGCUAGAAUUGGAGCUAUUCUUUCAUCAUAUGUUUCAAUGUGGCUUGUCACAGAAUUUGGAAGAUUAUAUAUGAUUAUACCAUUUUCAUUAUGUGCUAUUAUAGCUUGUAUAUUAACAAUAUGCCUUUUACCAGAAACUGUUGGUGAAUCAUUAAUUGAAACGAUAGAACAAUUAGAAAAGUCAGAUAAUAAUAGCAGAAGUAUGACAGAAUCAAAAGAAAUUUCUGAAAUGGAAGAAUUAACAACUACUAAAAAAAGUUGA